CGGCAAAAGUGACUCGGGGAUAGGCUUCCAGGCGCCGGACUGACACUCAGUAAUGUGUGCAGUCAGGUGGGCAGGGUAAAAAUCCCACAACGACCCUCUUUCGGUCUACCUUCCAUCUGAUCAUGGCGAUGCUCUCUCUUUUCCCCGCCUUCCUCCUCUCCGCCUUCCUCCUCGUCGAUGCCGCGUCGAUCCCCGACCACCAACGCCUCCCCUCCACCGCCUCCUUUCCCCGCGCCACCGCCGAGAAGCUGAUCCGGGCACUAAAUCUCAUCCCCAAGGACGCGUCCAUACAGUCAUCCUCCGCGGCGGGCGGUGGAUCCUCCUCCUUCUCCGGAUCCUCGCAGAAUGGAAUAUUCGAGCGGCGCUUCCGCUUCCCUGGCUUGUCUGAUGGGGCUUCCGCCGAUGAUCUCGGCCAUCACGCCGGUUAUUACCGCCUUCCCCAUACCUAUGACGCUAGGAUGUUCUACUUUUUCUUUGAGUCAAGGAAUAGUAAGAAGGAUCCAGUCGUCAUUUGGUUGACAGGAGGACCUGGCUGCAGCAGCGAAUUGGCUGUCUUUUAUGAGAAUGGUCCUUUCAGCAUAGCCGAUAACAUGUCACUCGUGUGGAACCAAUUUGGUUGGGACCAGGCUUCAAAUCUUAUAUAUGUGGAUCAGCCCACUGGAACUGGAUUUAGCUUCAGUUCAGAUAGACGUGAUACCCGUCACAAUGAACAAGGUGUUAGUGAUGAUCUUUAUGAUUUUCUACAGGCAUUUUUUGCUGAGCACUCAGAAUAUGCAGAGAAUGAUUUUUAUAUAACUGGCGAGUCUUAUGCUGGGCACUAUAUCCCUGCUUUUGCAAGCCGCGUUCAUCAAGGAAACAAAAACAAUGAAGGCAUUCACAUAAAACUGAAGGGUUUUGCCAUUGGUAACGGACUAACUGAUCCAGCAAUCCAGUACAAAGCAUACACUGAUUAUGCAUUGGAUAUGGGCAUUAUCAAAGAAUCUGAUUACAAGAGAAUUAAUAAGAUUUAUCCUGCAUGUAAACUUGCCAUCAAACUUUGUGGAACAUCAGGGACUGUUUCUUGCUUGGCAUCUUAUUUGGUUUGCAACACCAUAUUCAGCUCCAUCAUGGCACUAGCUGGAAAUGCAAAUUACUAUGAUAUUAGGAAACCAUGCGUAGGAAGCCUGUGCUACGAUUUCUCCAACAUGGAGAAAUUUCUCAAGCUUGAGUCUGUCAGGGAGUCCCUUGGAGUAGGGAGCAUAGAGUUUGUUUCGUGCAGUCCAACUGUGUAUCAAGCCAUGCUUAUGGACUGGAUGAGGAACUUGGAAGUCGGUAUUCCUGCACUGCUGGAGGAUGGCAUCAAAUUGCUUGUCUAUGCUGGAGAAUAUGAUCUUAUUUGCAACUGGCUCGGAAACUCAAGAUGGGUCCAUGCAAUGGAAUGGUCAGGCCAGAGUAAGUUCGUUUCUUCAUCCGAGACACCGUUUACAGUGGACGGCACUGAAGCUGGACUCCUGAAGAGCUAUGGAACUCUUACUUUCUUAAAGGUUCACGAUGCAGGCCACAUGGUCCCUAUGGAUCAACCAAAGGCUGCUUUAGAGAUGUUGAAGAGAUGGACACAGGGGAACCUUGUCGAAGAUUCAUCGAUCCCAUCAGCAAACCUUGUCGCUGAAAUGUAGUACGCUAAACAAAUGCUUGUCGAGAUGGAGAAACUUGACUCAGUUCUUUAUCUGAUUUGUAAAUAAGAUCUAAGCUCGUCGAGCCUGGUAUCGGGCAUAAUAGCCUUCCAGUGUUAUCACACAUUGGGCCAAUUUUAUUUCGCAAAAUCUGCAGUUUUCGACUGAACACCAACUGAUCGACAAUUAAUGUUGAUGGUAUUUUUAUAAAAUCUUCUACUUGAGUAA